AUGCUUCUCGAGCUAGAUACGCCUCUUCAAAUUUGUGGGGAUAUACACGGACAGUUUUCCGAUCUCCUCCGGCUGUUCGAAUUGGGUGGAUUCCCUCCUCAUUCCAACUAUCUCUUUCUGGGUGACUAUGUGGACCGCGGAAAAAAUAGUUUGGAGACUAUUUGUCUUCUGUUAGCCUACAAGAUUCGCUAUCCAGAAUCAUUCUUCUUGCUGCGUGGCAACCACGAGUGCGCUGCAGUAAAUCGUAUCUACGGUUUCUUUGAUGAAUGCAAACGACGGUUCUCUGUCAGACUGUGGAAGGCAUUCACGGACUGUUUCAAUUGCCUCCCUGUUGCAGCAAUCGUUGGUGGUCGGAUAUUUUGCUGUCAUGGGGGAUUAUCUCCAGACCUACAAAAUCUCGAUCAGAUCCGACAAAUUAUUAGACCAUCGGAUGUCCCUGAUACCGGUUUGCUUUGUGAUCUGUUGUGGUCUGAUCCGAACAGUGAUGUAACCGGUUGGGGUGAAAGUGCAAGAAAUGUGAGCUUCCAUUUCGGUGUGGAUAUUGUUUCCAAAUUUCUGACAAGACAUGAUUUGGAUUUGAUCUGUCGUGCGCACGAGGUAGUGGAAGAUGGGUACGAGUUUUUCGGUCAUCGCCAGCUGGUCACCGUGUUCUCCGCACCGAACUAUUGCGAUGAGUUCAACAAUGCCGGCGGAAUGAUGAAAGUGGACGAAAAUAUGAUCUGCUCGUUUCAGAUUCUAAAACCAGCGGAGCGCAAAGCACGAUAUUUGUAUCAGGGUUUGAACAAAACCAGUGCACCACAGCAACCGGAGAGAACACGCAGUGCUCUCUGA